AUGCUGCAUCCGGUGUCAAAUGACAUCCCCCGACAAGAACCACUAGAUAAUACCGAUGAAGAAGAAGAAGAAGAGUAUCUCAUUAGAAUCACCUCGCAACCCCCAUCCUCCUCGAUUUCUCAGACUGAAAUCAUAAAUUUUUUAUCAAGAGUGAUCGAUCCUAAUCGUAUUUCGUCCAUUAAGUCUUCAUCAGCGGGAAUAUUCCUAGUAUACAUAAUCGGGUAUAAUUCAGCCUGGAAAUGUGUGGCCACUUUACAUGGAGAAACUUUGGCAAAUAAGACAUUGAUAUUGCAAUUUUCAAGCAAAUCCAAUGACAAUGUGUUUCCAAUCACAUCGUCUUCUGUAAUGGCUUCCCCGAGAUCUUCAUUCACUUAUAUUCCUGAAGAGCUGAUACUACCACAACCAAUGUACGGUCAAUACUACCCCAUGUACAAUAUCCCAAGAGAUCCCUUAAAUUAUCCUUAUCAUUAUUAUCCUAACCACGGAUCAGUGUCAUCUAGGACUUUUUCAAACUCUUCAGACUCUAAUUUCUCUAGGAAACCAUCCACCGAGCGCUCAUCGGUAUCUUCAAUCUCUGGUCCUCAAAAAAAAUCAGAAGCACCACCAGCAUUCAUGCCAGUACACUUUGGAGCCACUCCUCCAAUCAAUAGACCCCAAUCCCCAUUUUCCAAACCUGAUUCCAGAGAGGUUCCGGAGCCUUCUUCACUUACUAAUCCCCAACACAAACAACUAACGGCAUUUGAUCCAUAUUUCAUAAAACAAACUAUCCCAUUCACUUCUCAAGAUCCAACCUCCACUUUCCCAAUAGGCCACCCCCCUCCGAAUCCAUCUAAUUUCAAUUAUCCUUUCCAGAUGGAUUGGUACUAUUCUUCUAAUCCUCAUCCUCCGCCUCCUGCUUCUGCUCCUCCUUAUCUUUCAGGUCGCAAUCAUAGCAUGUUCCCAUCUAGCGACAAUAAUACUAAUAACAAGUUUCGAAAUAGCAGCUAUCCAUCUCAAAACUAUCAUCCCUCCAGUCAUCAUCAUAAGGGCAGAUACCCUUACUUAUCAUCAUCUUCUUCUUCUUCUUCUUCUAUAUCCGGAUCUUUGGUAACGUCCUCUUCUACAAUGACUUCCCCACGCAAGAAAAAUCACAAUAAUAACAACUCAUACCCAAACUUACCUACUAAAAGAUCCUCGUCUUCUGAUAUCUUCUUUGGUCCAGCAAAUAAAUAUAACCAGAUUCUUCACUUUGACUCUAAUAAAUCUUCAGAAACCCUCGGCUUCUCCUAUCCUCCACACUUAGAAACGAUCAACCCUAACCGGCUUUUCUUUGGGAACUUACCUUAUAGCACCACUUUGGAAGAAUUGAAAUCGUUGCUUUACAAAAAUGAUCUUGAUCGAUUCAGUAUCGAGUUCCCAAAAGAUGGAAUUUCUAGAGGUUACGCGCUUGUUUCUUUCGAGUCCGGUACCAGUGCCGAAUCGGCAAUCGAAUUGUUCAAUAAUUUUAAGUUCCAAGGGAGAAAAUUAACCGUUAGGUAUGAUCGGUUCCCAAGCUUAGCUCAAAAAAAUUUAAGAAAUACGAAAACUUUCAUAUACUACAAUGGUAUUAGUCAAUCUAGUGAAGCUGGCAAUAAUGCUAAAAUGAAAAAGGAUGAGCUGUUGCUUACACCAAUAAAUGAUAAAUCUGUAACUAACGAAAAGUUUCAACCUCAAGACUUUAAAAAAGAUGCAGAAAUCGCUAGAAAUUUGGCAGCCGAAUUGAGUUCGUCUUUGAAAAUCAGUAAGUGA